AUAACCUUUUCAAUUCAAUUUUGUUAGAUAAUGGAUUACAGCAAAAGCAGAGACUAAAGAAGAGCCAAUGCCAAAGCCAAUCAACAAAUAUCUCUUCCAACCUUUUCUCUCUCUUCGUCUUUGACUCUUAACCAUGUUAUUGAGAAGGAACAUAUCUUUAAUUUCUUCAAAUCUCUGUGUUUUCUGGUCUGGGUUUUAACACUUUCCUUUUGGUUAUUCCAAGUAUUCACCUUUCUCAACUUAAACGAGGGAGAAACAAAACUCAGCGCUUUGCUCUUUUUUUCUUCUUCUUUAUGGUAUGAUUUUGUUGUUUUAACAGAUUCGAAGUGAUGGGUUUCUUCUUUAAGACAGAAAUUAACUUUGGUUUAUUUCAGAUUGCAACUUGAUUUUUGUGAUAGAUUUCCAUUAGUUGGGUUUUAGAGUAUGGGUAGAGGUAGAGGAAAGGGAAAGAAGUUGGCUGUUAGCAACCAUAACGACGCUGGAAAUGGUGAAGAAGAGAAAAUUCCUUCACAAAAGAGAAGAGGAAGGCCACAAAAACCAUUAAAAGAUGACAUGAAUGACGAAGUUGAAAACUUAGAAGAGGGGGAUGGUGAGAAUGGAAAACCUGAUAUCAAAACCAAUGAGAGAAAGAGUAGCAUUGCUGCUACAAAUGGAAAUAAGAGAAAACGUAACUCACAGGUAAAAGGGAAGCCUGAUUCUGUGAAAGAAGAGAAUGGGUUUGGGUCUAGAUCAAACACGGAUGACUCGUCAAAGGCUAAUGGUUUUCGGCAGAAUGGGAGUAGGAGGAAAAGUAAGCCACGUAGAGCAGCUGAAGCAGUUGUGGAAUGCAAGUGAGAUUUUGGUGGUUCUUCUUUUUCACAUUGCCAAAUACAUGAUAAGGUAGGAAGCGGGGCCUAGUUAAAUCUCUAGGUAAUUGUUUCCUUUCAUUUUUGGUGAUUUUUGUUUCUAUUUUAUUUGGUUUUGGAACUGAUUCUGUUGGUUGUAAUUUUUAUAAUGCUAUUAUAUACCAUAGCAUCACGGGAUUCAUGUACUAUAUUGUCUGGAUUACAAUGCCAAGCUCUUGUUUUCACAGAUUUGGUGGCUGGUACAACACCAUGUAGGUACAUAGUAGUUCUACUAAUGAAUGAAUUUUAUGCUUUCUUUCUCCAAUGAUGUUAGAAUCUACUCUGUCGCUAUUUAUGUUUGUUUAGAUAGAUACUAGAAAUAAUUAUGAUAUAUUUAUGUUAAACUUGUAUCUUUUCUUAUAUUCUCCUAAAUGCUUCAGUUGGAAUCGGAUUUUAGCGAAUUCGGAGUGGUAGGUUGUGAAAUAAGGGAUAGUUUUAGAAGAUGUGAAAACAGUUGAUGUUGUUCAACUAAUUUGGGUUUCUGAAAGAUAGGGAAUGAUGGACUGAGACUAGAAAUGACCACUUCUUUUAGUGGCUUAUCAUAAGUUAUUGAAGCUACAUAUAAGAGGUUUAUAUCGCUUGCAUUCUACUAAAUAUAUGACGUUGGGUGUUGCAUUUCAUCAAUGUCUAAAUAAAGAUUGGCUUACAUGAGUUGGGUAGUAGGUAUCGUUUCUGCAACUAUGAACAUAAUUGCAAUGUGAACAUUGUUUGAACCAAUAGCUGUUCAAAUUAGGUUGCAUUAAGACAAGAGAUUCGUGUUGGAUAGCCGCUCUCUUUUGCAAGUCAUCACCGUUUCCCUCCUUCCCCUCCUAUUUUCUACCAACAUCCUUUCCUCUCUCAGAAAAAUAAAGCCUCCACCAUUCUCGAUGCAAUUGGCAAAAUGGGACGGGGUUCGUUGACACUGAUUUUGACUCCCCUGGUGCUCGAGUCUUGGAUCCUAUGGAGUGUGCGACUUUUGCUGUGGGGAUCAACUGGCAUCCCAAUGGAGCUUUCAUUUGAUUCCUUCAUUGGUCGUGGUGUUGCUAGUCAACGUCAACCAUCGCCAGUAUUGAUCUAGAAUAUGUGUUCCUUGAUCUGGCAGUGACGGAGCUUGACUACCCCUUUUUUUUCUUUUUUUCUUUUUUUUUCUUUUGGUAGGGUUUCUUCCUCUCCUUGUAAGGCCAUGAUUUUCUUCUUGUAAUUCAUUCUUUUCUGUUGAAUGGAGUUUGGUUUGUUUGAUAAAAAUAA